CACCAUUUAUGUAGGAUUGAAUCGAUUGGGUUACGCUGGAUUUGUAAUCGUACUGUGUCUGUAUCAUCUUAAAGAAUUCGGAUAAUAUAAGUAAUUUGGUCAGUUAAAUAGGGAGUGAUCUGAUGGCUGAAACAGAUAAAUUGAACAUUGAUAGUAUUAUAGCGCGGUUGUUAGAAGUCCGUGGCGCAAGACCAGGGAAAAAUGUCCAGUUAACGGAAAGUGAAAUACGAGGUCUCUGCUUGAAGUCCCGGGAAAUAUUUCUUUCUCAACCUAUUCUUUUGGAAUUAGAAGCGCCCCUGAAAAUAUGUGGUGAUAUUCAUGGCCAGUAUUAUGAUCUCCUUCGGCUAUUUGAAUAUGGAGGAUUUCCUCCGGAGUCCAACUAUUUGUUUCUUGGAGACUAUGUGGACAGAGGAAAGCAGUCACUUGAGACAAUUUGUCUUCUUCUUGCAUACAAGAUCAAAUAUCCAGAGAAUUUUUUUUUGCUUAGAGGGAAUCAUGAAUGUGCAAGCAUCAAUAGGAUAUAUGGCUUCUAUGAUGAAUGCAAGAGGCGGUAUAAUAUCAAGCUCUGGAAAACAUUUACGGAUUGUUUUAACUGCCUUCCGGUGGCAGCAAUUGUGGAUGAAAAGAUUUUCUGUUGUCAUGGUGGCCUAAGUCCUGACCUACAGAGUAUGGAACAGAUUCGACGAAUUAUGAGGCCGACCGAUGUUCCAGAUCAGGGACUUCUGUGUGAUCUGUUGUGGUCAGAUCCUGAUAAGGAUACAAUGGGCUGGGGUGAAAAUGACCGAGGUGUGUCUUUCACAUUUGGUGCAGAGGUUGUUGCCAAAUUCUUGCACAAACAUGACUUUGAUUUGAUUUGCAGGGCGCAUCAGGUUGUGGAAGAUGGUUAUGAAUUUUUUGCCAAACGGCAGUUGGUCACACUUUUCUCAGCACCCAACUACUGUGGCGAGUUUGACAAUGCUGGUGCCAUGAUGUCUGUAGAUGAAACACUCAUGUGCUCCUUCCAGAUACUUAAGCCGGCUGAUAAACGCAAGUUCCCAUAUGGUGGCCUCAAUGCUGGACGUCCAGUGACACCCCCUCGUGGUGCCACUAACAAGAACAAGAAAAAGUGAGCUAUUGCAUAGGUGUGGGCUCCAUUCAUUGGUUGUGUACCAUGCUCCACUCCUCCAUGUAACAAUCGAGACAACGUGCUGCCACAGCAACAGCAAGCAGUUAGCACAGACUUCAGCUCAGUGGAGCAGCAGUACAUGCAAAACAGCAUAACUUAAUAACAUUACUUUGCUAAAGUUUCAAUCAUCAUAACUUUGAGAGAGAAAAGAAACUUUAUUUUUUUUAUCUGUAUAUGAAUAAUUGAGUGAAAUAUCGGUGAAAAGUUGCCAAAAUUUUUCUCUUGGACUGUGAUGUGUUUUGAUGGGGGCAGUUUUUUAUUUCCUACUUUUGUUUCCUUUGAGGGAAAUAUAUGGCCAUUUGGUCCUUGAACUCUGCGUUCUGAUCCUCUUGUCCUUUUCAGUUUUUGUUGUGCACGUGAUAUCUAUAGACCGAUCCAUGGAAGAAACUGUGAAUCUGCACCUGAACUAAAGAAUGUAAUGAUGUAUGAUUGGUCCUGUCAUGUUAAGUAGUGAGAAUACCAUAUAUCCUCAGAUCAGCAGCAACAGUUAUCAAUUUGUGUUGUGUGUGGUUUUUACUUCAGGUAGAAACAUGCGAAAGAUAUUUAUUUGCAGUGGGCCAUAUGCUGGGUUAGAUUUAUUGACUUUAAAGAUAAGUCUUUAAAAAUUGUGCAUUCGUUAAGAAACAGCAGUGUAUUUAAGUCCUUUCAUAUGGAAUUUGGGCUAUUCAGUAAAGGUAACUUAAUGAGAAAAAUAUGGUAACUGUUUUAAUGGCUAGGCUGUGAAACAUGGCUGCAUCCUUAACCAUGACCAGACCUGCACAUCUGUAUUUGAAUACAACCACUAAAUUAGUCAUGUGAUUUACAUACAUAUAUAGGGAGUGGGCCUAACCGCUGGUCCUUGCACUGUGACCUUUAGUGAUCUAUUGUGCAUACUCCUUCUUAUGUAAUUUACUUAAUACCAUCAUGCAGAUGUGUGUAGUAUAUGAGUAAUUCUUGAAUGGUAAUGCAUUAAUCUGUUUAAUCUUUCGUCCAUUGAAGUGUUGUACACAUGUUCGUAAAUUAUUACUGUUGCAGUGUAUCCUCAUUAAUGUCCAUCCAGUCAUUCACAUCUCCCACUUAGUUUAUAAGAAAGACAUUGCAUCUUGCCAGGUGAAAUUGCUGUAAAGUGAAAUGGGAAAACAAAAUAUCGAGGGAGGGGAAUGAAAGUUAUUACAUUAGUCCUUCCAUUAAUACCAUCUCUACCUUUGGGAUAUUUAUGUUACUUUUUGCAUAAAAUUAGGGUAAAUUUGAAUUGUAAAUAAUUUGGCAACACUAUAGAUAUCUAGGGUAGAGACAUAGUUUAUUUUCUCCUUUCAUGGUUUAGUCUAAUAAAAUAUAUUAGAGGUGCAUGAAUCUGUGUUUGUGCUCAAUUUUCAUUGGUAUUUCCCAAGCUGUGUUACUACAUACAGAGUGUCUGUUUUUGACUCUUUGCAAAGUUUAAUAGUACAUUACUACAGGACAGCAUUUCUCAGAUACACUCAAAGGACUGGUUUUUGUAGUAUGUUGUUUGAGGAACAUUGUCUGUGUAGAGGGAUGCGGUUAAUUUUGUUUUGGUACUGCGACUUUCUGCGACAACAGUAUUUCUGUACUUGAGAAGAAAGACUCGGAUGGUGCAGUAUGAAUUUUGGCUGUGUGAUAAAAUUGUUACAUGAUGGAAUGAUGCAAGUUGGAACUGGUUCUUAAAUCAAGAAAUAUGGAAAGUACCACAUGCUUUGCUGCUGUUAAAGAUGGUUCAUGGAACUGGGCUGUUAAUAUUAGAAAGAAAAGAAAAAACAUAUUUGGCAUGCAUGUGAAUGCCUUCAGUUUGAGGUGAGAAAUUGGGAAAAAAUUUCGAGAAUUGAGACAUGAAUGAGAAUUUUCUCCAUUAAAUCGCUUUUUCAUCUGAAAUCACAGUUUGUAACACUAGCCACUUUCUCAGUGAACCAGAAUGUAGGGGUUAUUAUCUGUUGCUCCUAAUAUGAGCCUUUUCCGAUAAACAAGUUUCAUAUGAAUUUGAAAAAUUGAGAUCUAGAGUCAUGCCCUUUUUCACUGUGGUUAGAUGAGCGGGGGAGUGAAAGACAUUUUGUGGGCAAGUUUAGUUAUGUAGGACUUGAGGUCUUCACAGCAGUAGUUAUGAAAAUGAAAAUUGCCAUCUUAUGGGAAUGUAGCUCUAUGUAGUCUGUACAUGAGCCAACAUUUUUGAGGAACAUAUCACUUCCAUCUUUAGGGUUGAAAUUAAGCCAAGCAAAAAACCAGCAAGAGCAGGUGGCUAGCCAUCUUCUCUUGCCUCAUAUGUUCCUCUGAAACAUAGGUUCAUAAAUGGACUACAUGGUGCUAUAUCCCAGAAGAUGGCAAUUUUCAAGUUCAGUUAUGCUAGCAUUGACAGUCAUGAUUUUGGUGGAUUGGAUAUUUGUAUGCUACUAUACAAAGUAAACCUGAAAAUGUUGAAAUUUCAGAUGGAAAAAUCAACAUUAAAAUUGAGAUACUUCUUGAUUCAGUCUAAAAAAUACGAGACUUACCUAUACCUUUGACAUAUUUUGGUUAUUUAAUUUCUUAAAUGACACUCUUUACCCAAUCAUGUAAGAGAAGCCUCGUAACAUAGAGUUACUUAAAAAUAACAAUACAAAAUUUGUGGCAGCAAAUCAGUCAGGGUAAUUAUAGUUAAUAACGAAUUUGUUCAUGAACUUGUAAAUUAUGAAGGCCUUUAAUGAGGGUAGUUCACACGUCACAGAAUUUAAUAAUACACUGUAACACUUAGUGGUGUAAUCACCUAAUGAUGAUCUUGUUGGGGGUUGAAACUUGUAAUGGGAUGGAAUCCAUGAAAUAAGAAAUAUGUUGCAUGGAUGGGUUCUGUAAAAUAAAGUGUAUAUUGUAUGUCAAAUACAGUGCGUACCUGCAUUGAUUA